UAAAAGAUUCUCAAGAAGCGAAUCGUAAAUUCGGAGAUUGAUAUAGAGAUUGAAUCACUUUGAAGCUUUCGACGAUGGAGUCCGAUCAGAGUUGGACUUCUUCUUCUUCUUCGUAUUACGGUGUCCUCGGCGUCACUGCCAACUCCUCCGAUGAAGAGAUUCGCCGUGCCUAUCGCAAGCUUGCUAUGCAAUGGCAUCCUGAUAAAUGGACAAGAAACCCUUCUCUUUUGGGUGACGCCAAGCGCAAAUUCCAACAAAUUCAAGAAGCUUAUUCAGUAUUGUCGGAUAAGAGGAAGAGAACAAUGUACGACGCGGGAUUAUAUGAUUUUGUUCAAGAAGAGGAUGAGGGCUUCUCUGAUUUUCUGCAAGAAAUGAUGUCUCUAAUGGCUGAGGUUAGGAGAGAGGACAAGAUUUACACAAUGGAAGAAUUGCAGAGCAUGUUAAUGGAAAUGGCCAAAGGUUUUGAGUAUCCAUCGGAGCGGUCUUAUUCCCCUCAGUGCCAGUGGCCUUCUUCAUACGAGUCUUUCCAAUGGGGUUGUGCGCCGUUGAAGUUUGAUGACUCUGGAAGUAGUUCAAAGAAAGCUCGAUGUGAUGCAAAUCCAGCAGUGGCUGCAACCAGAACCAGCUCACAUUUACAAAUGUCGGGUUUUGGGAUGUACGGGACAAACUAUUUUUGUAAUUAAUCAGUCAGUACAGUACCCUGUCCAUCUGUCAAUGUAAAGGAUUGAUCAUCCAUCAUGCUAUGGCAUAGGGUGUCACCAGAACAGAAGAACAGUUUUCCUUGUUCUUUCUGGAUUUAGAUGGUAAAUGUUCAGUUGAGAUGGUUACACCCAUUGUGGAAAUUUGUCAGCAUUUUGGGCUUUUGUGAGUGGUGGCUGUGAUGAAUUAUUGUAAAUCUGAUUAUGGAAUUUUUAUUACGGGCUAUUGAAAUUUGGAUCAUGCGAAUAAUUGGCAA